CGGCCGGGGCACCGAAAGCCAAAGCUGCCACGGCGGAGGGCAGUCAGCGGUAGUGGCGGUGACGGUGGCGGCAGCAGCUGCAGUCCUCCUUCUCUCCCAGCGCACCGGGCCAUCCAUCCCCUGCCACCCGUCCCCCCAGCCAUGUGUGCCUCCCUGAUGCCCCCGCUCGCGCAUGUCUUCAAAGGCACUUUCGUCCACUCCACCUGGACCUGCCCCAUGGAGGUGUUGCAGGACCAUCUCCUGGGAGUGAACGACAGCGGAAAAAUUGUGUUUUUCGAACAAGCUUCUCAACAAGAAAAAUUGGCCAAAGAAUGGGGCUUCAAAUCAUCAGAAAUAAGAGAACUCAGCACCCAUGAAUUCUUCAUGCCAGGACUGGUGGAUACCCACAUUCAUGCACCUCAAUAUGCUUUUGCUGGAUGUAACGUAGAUCUGCCCCUCCUGGAGUGGUUAAACAAGUACACAUUUCCAACUGAAUUGAAGUUCAGAAAAAUUGAAUUUGCUGAAGAGGUGUACACCAGGGUUGUAAGGAGAACCCUAAAGAAUGGUACAACAACAGCUUGUUACUUCGGGACAAUUCACACCGACUCAUCCUUGCUCCUGGCUGAAAUUACAGAUAAAUUUGGUCAGCGAGCAUUUGUGGGCAAAGUGUGCAUGGAUAUGAACCCAAGUGUUCCAGAAUACAAGGAAACCACUACUGAGUCUGUCAAGGAGACAGAGAGGUUUAUUACCGAAAUGCUACAAAAGAAUUAUCCAAGGGUGAAGCCCAUAGUGACACCACGUUUUUCACUUUCCUGCACUGAGGCUCUGAUGAGUGAACUUGGGGACUUAGCACAGGCCCACGACCUGCAUAUUCAGAGCCAUAUCAGCGAGAAUCGUGAUGAAGUUAAAGCUGUGAAAGAACUCUUUCCCAAUUAUAAAAACUAUACUGAUGUGUAUGACAGAAAUAAGCUUCUGACUAACAAGACGGUGAUGGCUCAUGGCUGCUAUCUUUCUGAUGAAGAGUUGAAGGUGUUCUACGAACGUGGAGCUUCAAUUUCUCACUGCCCCAACUCCAACUUCUCGCUCAUCAGUGGAUGUCUAAAUGUACAGAAUGUGAUGAAGCACAAAGUGAAGAUUGGACUUGGCACUGAUGUUGCUGGGGGUUAUUCAGCUUCCAUGCUUGAUGCUAUCAGAAGAGCAAUGAUGGCAUCCAGUGCCCUGUUAAUUAAUAAAAUAAAUGAGCAGCACCUCACCCUUAAAGAAGUCUUCAGACUAGCAACUCUUGGAGGAAGCCAAGCCCUGGGACUGGAUAAUGAGAUUGGAAACUUUGAAGUUGGCAAGGAAUUUGAUGCGCUGCUGAUCAACCCCAGAGCUACAGACUGUCCCUUUGACCUGUUUUCGAGUGAUUUUUCUGGAAAUAUUUUGGAGGCUGUCAUCCAGAAGUUCCUCUAUCUAGGAGAUGAUCGGAACAUCGAGGAAGUAUAUGUCGGUGGAAAGCAGGUGGUCCCGUUUUCAAGCUCAGUGUAAAUCAAGUCAUCUGCUGACAUUCUAUUGGGCAACUGAUGGUUCAACACUUGAGCCCAGAAAAUUGGGAAGUGAUGAUGUGCUACAACUUUGUUGUCAGAAUGAUUCCUUAACUCUCUGCAUCUAAUUUCAGCACCCACUUGAGCAAUUAGUAAAAUAAAUUUGAAAAUCAUUUAUGACUUUAAGAUCCUAGCUUACUGAAAAUUUAUUCUUUCCAGCUUUAAAGAUAUGUUUCCCCUCCAAAUUGAUUUUUUUAAAUUAGAAAUUUUAUCCAAAUCAAUUCCAUAUUUGGACCCUGGGAUGUGGAAAGAUGCCCUUCUUUAAAAAAAACAAAAAAAUAAAAAA